GAUGGUUAAAAUAUAUGUGAUAACAACAAUACAACUUCAUGAUAUCUAACUACACUUUAUAAUGAUUUGUCCAUACAAGUGAAAUAAUAAUUUUCGGAUCUCAAGAAUUAAAAAUUCGACAUCCUUUGGAAUGAAUGUCAUCACUAAAUCAUUGUUGUUGAGGAAAGCUCUUCAAAUAAGAUCUGGUGAUACAUCUAUCUCUGGAACCUCCGUAAGAUGGAUUGAAUCUUCAAUUCAAAACUUCUGCUUAAGGGUGGGUGUCACUGAAUCCUGUAGACAUCUUUACAAUGGCUCUGUGUCUCACUUCCAUACAUCGACAAACCUACAAGGAGUAACCAAGAAGACUAAGGCUCUCAGUGUGACUAGGCUUUCUCCUGAACAGCUCACAAGAAGAAAGAAAAGACUUGAAAAAGAACUUAAAAGACUUUCAAAAAGCAACAUGCGGGAUCUACGGCCUAUUGAAGAGCUUGAAAUUACUCCACAAUUACGAAAGGACCUAAUUUCAAGACGCAGAAGUCGUCAAGUGGAGCCCAUCAGUCCUGAACAGCAGGAGCAACAAAUACUGUUCUUCAAAGAAUGGACACGAUACAAAUGGAAAGAAGUCUUGGGAGAGUGUGAGUUGCUCCAUCGUGUAGAGAAGGCGCAGGUCUUUGCCCUGUCGAAACUGCGUCAAGAAUCAGAGGAACUAUACAAGCAGGCAGUUAAGCUGGACCCUGCGUUGAUGAACCACGCUGUGGCUGGGCCGCUCCAUACCCCACCAAUCGCAGGCUACAUGGCAGAGGACGGCAAGUGGAUUGACCACACAGACUAUUUUGAGGAUAAGGAAAAGUACAGCCAAUUAACUGGAGCUAUAAUUGAUAAUGUGAAAGCAAAGAAUCGAAAAUAACUCUAGCUUUGGUAUUGUUGUGUAUAGAAUGCAUUGUAUAUAAAAAAAAAGAAACAUGUGGAAUUGGCAUAAACAUUAUAUGUGUAUAUGAAAAUAUUAGAAUCUAUUAGUUCAUAAUUGACAUUGUUAUUUGCCACUAACAGUGUGCACCCUUUCAUCCUGAUGCUUGUUUGUUCAAUUUCUGGGUGACUCUUACUCAAACUUGCACAAUAAAAUGACCGUGAUGUGUAUAUUUCAUAAAUACAGGAAUUUUGGAUAAAGAUCUAUGCACAUAAUUAUGGACCUUGUCUGCGGUUUAUGUCAAAAAGUUUGUAUUUUAAACUAGGUAUCUACUUUAUGGGUCGGGCUCAACCGUUCACAAUUGAAUUGCUGUAAUGUGUAUAGUAUCAUAGUUAUGAAUUUUGUUUAGACUUCAACAAGUUUUUGCAGAAUUGUA